GACUGUGGCAGUACAAAGGAAACAUCACAAAGUGGUUUUCCUACGGUCACAGUGUCAGCGGCACUUGAAACAUGGCAGAAGCCAUCGAUUGUAAUUUUCCUAUCUGGGGCCUGUUGCCUAAGAAAGAGACGGGUGUCGCUCAGUUCCUCAACAAAUAUCCCGAAUACGAUGGGCGAGGUGUCGUCAUUGCGAUUCUUGAUUCGGGAGUGGACCCCGGGGCCCCGGGUAUGCAGGUGACUUCAGAUGGGAAACCGAAAAUUAUUGAAAGAUUUGACUGCAGCGGAGCAGGAGAUGUAGAUACUAGCAAGGUUGUUCAAGCACCAGACGGAUAUAUAAAUGGUUUAACUGGUCGGAAAUUAAAGGUUCCAUCUAAUUGGAAAAAUCCUACUGGAAAAUAUCAUAUUGGUUUAAGAAAUUUGUAUUCCCUGUAUCCUAAUAAAUUAAAGGAAAGAGUAAUAGCAGAACGCAAAAAACGUCUUUGGGAUGAUGGACAUAAAACAGCACUUGCAGAAGCUUCUAGACAAUUACAAGAUUUUGAAAGCAAAUGUCCACAAGUGUCAACUUCAGAAGAAAGACUGAAAAAAGAGGAACUUGAAGCUCAAGUUGAAGUAUUGAACAACCUUGAAAAGAAGUAUUGUGAUGUGGGACCCACUUAUGAUUGUGUCGUUUUUCAUGAUGGAGAAGUUUGGAGAGCAUGCAUUGAUACCUCGGAAGAAGGUAAUCUAGAAGCUGGUGUGUUUCUUGGUGAAUAUUCUAUUACGAGAGAGUUUGCUCCUCUUACUCCAGAAGAUCAAUUAAAUAUUAGUAUUAAUGUUCAUGACGAGGGAAAUACAUUAGAAAUUGUUAGCUUAUGUUCGAGUCAUGGGACCCACGUAGCUUCAAUUGCGGCUGCAUAUUUUCCUGAUGCACCGGAAUUAAGCGGAGUAGCGCCAGGUGCUCAAAUUAUUUCUCUAACUGUUGGUGAUGGUCGUAUUGGCACAAUGGAAACUGGAACGGCCGUGGUACGCGCAAUGAUUCAUAUUAUGAAACGUAAAGAAAAGGUUCACGUAAUAAAUAUGAGUUAUGGAGAGCAUGCUCAUUGGUCAAACACGGGUAGAAUAGGAGAAUUGAUGAACGAAGUUAUUGACGAACAUGGAGUAACAUGGGUCGCAUCUGCUGGCAAUCUCGGACCAGCUUUGUGCACUAUUGGAACUCCUCCGGAUAUUAGUUCAAGCAGUAUUAUUAGCGUUGGUGCUUACGUAUCGCCUGACAUGAUGCUGGCUGAAUAUUCUUUGCGAGAAAAGAUGCCAGGUAUGCCGUAUACUUGGACGUCUCGUGGUCCGAUGAUAGACGGAGGUGCUGGUGUAACGGUAUGUGCACCAGGAGGUGCUAUCACUAGUGUUCCAAAUUUCACGCUUAGAAAAUGUCAACUUAUGAAUGGUACUAGUAUGGCGAGCCCACAUGUAACCGGAGCAGUUGCGGUUCUUAUAUCGGGUCUUCUUGCCAAAAAUGUUCCCUAUUCUCCUUACAGUAUAAAAAGGGCUGUUGAAAAUACCGCUCUUUAUAUACCUACGUUAGAUCCAUUUGCGCAAGGCUCUGGCCUAUUGCAAGUCGAACGUGCGUUUGAAAAUCUCGUCUCGUAUUACGAUGCCGCUGAAAGAGACAUUCGAUUUGUCGUUAAUUGUGGCAUUAAUAAUUCUAAAGGCAUUCACAUGAGAACAGGUGUCAUUGAUCGUCCAAAGGAUUAUGCAAUUACUGUUGAGCCAGUAUUCAUAAAUAGUGAAAAUAUAGACCCACAGCGUAAGAUCGACUUCAAUCUGAAGCUGUCGCUCGUGUGUGAUGCUUCGUGGGUUCAGUAUCCAGUACAUCUAGAUUUAAUGCAUAUGCCUCGUGGUUUUUCUGUUAGAGUUGAUGCAUCUAACUUGUCAGAAGGUGUUCAUACAACUAGUAUACGAGCAUUUGAUGUAUCGAACGUCGCGAAAGGGCCAGUAUUUCAAAUUCCGGUGACUAUUGUCCAACCAAUGACAUUACAAAAGACUGCACUUCUUCCAGAUUUGACAUAUACAAACGUUUUGUUUAAACCGAAUACAAUUCAGCGUCAUUUCAUUCUUGUUCCGGAAGAUGCUACUUGGGCAGUUCUUAGAUUAAGAAGUACGGAAAAGGAUAAAAACGGCAGAUUUGUAAUUCAUACUCUUCAAUUAAAACCUCGACUGGCUUGUAAGACGCUUGAGGUUAAUAGAAUAAUUAGUGUUACAUCUCAAUCGGAAACUGUGCAGCCUUUUGCUGUUCAGGGUGGACUAAUUCUGGAAGUAGUUAUUGCAAAAUAUUGGGCAAAUCUAGGUGACAUGUAUAUUGACUAUUCGAUUGAAUUUCAUGGAAUCCGUUUGAUUAGCGGUAAUCUCAUAAUGCAACCUGGCGAUGGAGUCAAUCGUCUUGAAUUGCGUAGCUCUCUUAGAAAUGAGGAAAUUGCGCCCGUCAUUUCUCUGAAGACAACUGUUCAAGUUGUGAAGCCUAACGAAUCGAAAAUUACUCCUCUACGAGCGCGUGACAUCAUUCCUCCUUCACGACAAAUAUAUGAAUUACAACUCUCAUAUCCAUUUCACUCCGCAAAAGCAACAGAAGUCACACCAAACGCUGCAUUACUUAGCGAUUUGUUGUACGAGAGUGAGUAUGAAAGUCAAAUGUGGAUGCUUUAUGACAGUAACAAACAGCUAAUAGGUUGUGGAGAUGCAUAUCCAUCUAAAUAUACGAUCCCAAAACUCGAAAAAGGAGAUUACACUUUGAAAAUGCAUGUGCGUCAUGAAAAAAGAGAUUUAUUAGAAAAAUUGACGGAUAUGCCGAUAUUUUUGAGUCAGAAACUUAGUACGCCAAUUAAUUUGGACAUUUACGCCAAUCAUUUACAAGCUAUGAUUGGUGGUAAGAAGAUGGUAUCUGCAUCUAUUCCACCUGGUCAUCUUUUUCCUGUUUAUAUUGCUCCAUUAUCUAAUGAAAGCAACACUGAACACAGAUUAUUUAAGUACGCUACUCCUGGUAGCUACCUUCAAGGUACAUUGACUUUCUGUAAAGACGAUGUUGGAAAGAAGGUGGAUAGUCACGUAUUUAAAUACAUCAUAGCUGAGAUACCCAAGAAAAAUAACAGCAACUCCACUAAUAAAUCCGAGAAGGAUAAAACUUCAAAGUGGGACGAAUACAACGAAGCACUGAGAGACUUAAAGUGCAAUUAUCUUGCAAAAUUCGAGCCUGGUGAGCACGCGAAUCAGUUGUAUGGAGAACUAAAAGGACUUUACUCGGACCAUUUGCCCGUUCAUAUUGCCAUGUUACAGUCUUUGGAUUCUCCCGAAGGACGGCGUCAUGUACCACAUGAUGAUCUUUCAGAAAACGCUAUCGCACUUGCCAAUCAAAUAAUAACAGUUGCUGAUUCGGUAAUUACAAUUAUUGAUCAAGAUAAGCUACUAGCUUAUUUCGGAUUGAAAAAUGAUCAGCGACCUGAUGCGGCUAAAUUCAAAGUGUCUAUGGAGAAGACAAAGAACAGUUUGAUUGAGGCAUUAGUGAAAAAGGGCUGUGCAUUAUCACGAUUGUACGUACAUGGUACAAAGACUGGAGAGGGAGAUGGAUCCGUUGAACAUUUGCUAGAAAGUGUUACGCAUCACUGGCAAGAAGUGCAGAAAUUCGCCGAACUUACUGAUAAUAAGGUUAUUAUUUUAUCUUUAUGGCACGCGCAUAUUAACAAACACUAUGGACGUUACUUAAAAUUACUAUUACGAUAUUACGAAGAGAAACCGCUGAAGGAAAUCGAUGAGAAGUGCAUUGAAAUUGCAAAGAUUUUGGGGUGGGAACAUUGGGCACGUCUUCUUACCACAAGUAUACCGUCGCGUUAUCCGGCCACGUACAAACCGUUUUGAUCACUAAAUUUUUAAGACGAAUACGUUACGGCGUUUUGAUGUUAUACUUUUUCUUAUCUUGACAAUGAAGAACAAUUUUGAAAAGCGUUUUCAGUACAUCUUUGCAUAUUUGUAAUAACAGUGAUAUCGUUUGUGUAGUAAACUGUCAUAUUACUACACGCGUAAGCAAGUCGCAUAUGUAAUAUAUAUUUAGAAAAUUAUAAAUAUUCAUAAUAAAAAUAUACUGAUAAAUAAUGAA